UAAAACUUUCCAUGUCUAAAUGGACUCCUGAAUGUAAUAUAGUUUAUACCCUAAAAGCGGAUAUGAAGAGUGAAGUUCCUUCUGAUGCACCAAAGAGACAGGAGAGUCUGAAGGGGAUCCUCUUGAACCCUGAGCCUAUUGGGGCAGACAAAAGCUUCACUGCAGAAGUUGAGAUGAUUGCCAGUAAAGUAGGGAAUGAGUUCUCUCACUUAUGUGGUGAUUCUCAAAAGCAGAAGGACAUGAAUGGCAACCGUACAGACCAAGACAAAAGUAUGGUGGUGCGAAAAAAACGCAAGAGCCAGCAGGCUGGUCCUUCAUAUACUCAAAAUUGUCCUGAUAAAGAAAACCAAGGAAUCUUAGGAUUAAGAGAGCAUCUAGAAACACAGAGUGAAGACAAUGAUUCUUCUUUUAGUGACUGUAUCUCUUCACCUUCGUCUAGCCUACAUUUUGGAGACUCCGACACAGUAACAUCUGAUGAAGAAAAAGACGCUCCUGUAAGACACCCUCAGGCAGUGUUGAAUACUACAAGUAGAACUCAUAGCGCAAGGUCACAAAAGUGGCCUCGGACUGAGGCAGACUCUGUACCUGGGUUAUUAAUGAAAAGGCCCUGUUUUCACAGCAGUUCUUUAAGAAGACUUCCAUAUCGGAAGAGAUUUGUGAAAACAAGUUCGUCACAGCGGACACAGAACCAAAAAGAAAGAAUUUUAAUGCAGAGGAAAAAGCGGGAAGUGUUAGCUCGAAGAAAGUAUGCUUUACUACCCAGUUCUAGCAGUUCCAGUGAGAAUGAUCUCAGCAGUGAAUCUUCUUCCAGUUCAUCUACUGAAGGGGAGGAAGACUUAUUUGUGUCACCUGGUGAAAACCACCAGAACAGUACAGCUGUUCCUUCAGGAAGUAUUGAUGAAGAUGUUGUGGUGAUUGAAGCAUCCUCCACUCCCCAGGUCACUGCUAAUGAAGAAAUAAAUGUUACCUCAACAGAUAGUGAAGUGGAGAUUGUCACAGUUGGUGAAAGCUACAGGUCUCGUUCAACACUUGGACACGCAAGGUCACACUGGGGACAAAGCUCUAGUUCUCAUGCUGCACGACCUCAAGAACAGCGGAACCGCAGUAGAAUUUCCACAGUCAUACAGCCACUGAGACAGAAUGCAGCGGAAGUAGUGGACCUUACAGUGGAUGAAGAUGAGCCGACAGUUGUGCCAACCUCAUCAGCUAGAGUGGAGCCACAGGUUGUGAGUUCUGCUUCCAGUAACAGUUCUAGUACGUCUACCUCAGAGCAGGCCUCUGAUGCAGCUCCAAACGUCUCCAACAGCCAGCCCUCUGCAGCACCAGAGACAACUUCGAGUCUUCCCAGUGGCGGCACUGCUGGUACUUCAGCUGGAGAUGAUAUAAGAAGAACUGCAUCUAGUACGACACUGGAAACUGGCCCUCCGGCCAUGCCAAGGUUACCAUCCUGCUGCCCUCAGCAUUCUCCUUGUGGAGGACCUUCACAGACUCACCAUGCAUUGGGGCACCCGCAUACAAACUGCUUUCAGCAGCAUGGCCACCACUUUCAACAUCACCACCACCACCACCACAACCCUCACCCAGCUGUUCCACUAUCUCCUUCAUUCAGUGAUUCCAGCUGCCCUGUUGAAAGGCCUCCUCCAGUGCCUGCACCUUGUGGAGCAAGCAGCAGUUCUGGCACCGGUUACUAUGACCAGCAGGCAUUGCCAGUAGACUUAAGCAGCAGUGGUAUAAGAAGUCAUGGAAGUGGUGCUUUUCAUGGAACAUCUGCUUUUGACCCCUGCUGUCCUGGUUCUUCAUCUCGAACUGCAAUUUAUGGGCAUCAGGCUGGUGCUGGCCCAAGCCAGUCAAUAACAAUAGACGGAUAUGGAUCAAGUAUGGUUGCGCAGCCACAGCCCCAACCUCCUCCUCAGGCAUCGCUCUCUUCCUGUCGGCAUUAUAUGCAUUCUCCUUAUGCUUCUUUGGCCAGACCUCUUCACCAUCAAGCUUCUGCAUGUCCUCACUCUCAUGGAAAUCCUCCUCCACAGCCACAACCUCCACCUCAAGUAGAUUAUGUUAUCCCUCAUCCAGUGCAUCCCUUCCAUCCUUCAAUAUCCUCUCAUGCAUCUUCUCAUCCUGUUCCACCUCCGCCUCCACCACCAACUCAUCCUUUAGCCAAUGCAGCUGCUCCAAUACCACAGCAUCUUCCCGCAACACACCAGCCUAUAUCCCAUCACAUCCCUGCAACAGCACCUCCAGCGCAGAGGCUACAUCCUCAUGAAGUGAUCCAGAGGAUGGAGGUCCAGAGAAGAAGAAUGAUGCAACACCCAACCUUGUAUACCUUCUGCCUAACAAUGCGUGCUCAUGAACGGCCUCCUCCACAUCCUCACAGAAUGCAUCCCAAUUAUGGUCAUGGGCAUCACAUUCAUGUGCCUCAGACAAUGUCUUCCCAUCCUCGACAAGCUCCAGAGAGAUCUGCCUGGGAACUGGGAAUUGAAGCUGGUGUGACUGCAGCUACUUACCCUCCAGGGCCCUUGCAUCCUCACUUGGCCCACUACCAUGCACCUCCUCGACUUCAUCACUUGCAAAUAGGGGCUCUUCCUCUAAUGGUACCAGACAUGGCGGGCUACCCUCACAUCCGUUACAUUUCAUCGGGAUUGGAUGGAACAUCAUUCAGAGGCCCUUUCAGGGGCAAUUUUGAGGAGCUGAUUCACUUGGAGGAACGAUUAGGCAAUGUUAAUCGUGGAGCAACACAGGGAACUAUAGAAAGAUGCACAUACCCACAUAAAUACAAAAAGGUAACAACUGAUUGGUUCUCACAGAGGAAACUGCACUGCAAACAAGAUGGGGAGGAAGGAACAGAAGAAGACACAGAGGAAAAGUGUACCAUCUGUUUGUCUAUAUUGGAGGAGGGUGAAGAUGUCAGGCGCCUUCCGUGUAUGCACCUUUUCCACCAAGUAUGUGUCGAUCAGUGGUUGAUUACUAACAAGAAGUGCCCCAUUUGCAGAGUGGACAUUGAGGCUCAACUGCCUAGUGAAAGUUGACAGCGCUUUCCAGAACUCUUGUCCUCCCUCUUGCUCCCUCUCAUCCUUCCUGGUACUGCAGUCAACCAAAGAUGGCAUGACUUACCUGCGCAGAUUUGGAAGCAUUGAACCUAGAGUGCUGGCUCUGCUAUAUGGUACAACUAAUGCUAGACCUACAGUUUAUGUAGAAGACAGUUGAG